CAAAACGUAGCCGCCAUCUUGCUUUGACUGUUUACGCUGAUUAGUAAAUCAUUUAUGUUAGCUACUGUACCUAGAGAGCAUGCUAGCUAGCAGCUAGCCGGAUAAACCGACCUAGAUCAUAACAGCGUUACAUCACUUUGGAAAUAGCGGCCUAGAGAAGCAACGCUCACCGCUUCAUGUGUUAGGCGCUGUGACAUUAACACUUAGUGCAACACGCUGAGCUGUCAAACUACAACAACACGGCGAAAGCUACAGUGACUUUGCACAUUUAGUUUUCCAGAGGGGGGCUGUCAAGACGCGACUGGUUUCAUCGUGCUCGGAUUUUAAGCCAAACGCGGAGUUAUGUCCUGUCCGUGCACUUCGGCUGCCCGGCUGUUCCUAAAUACUGCCCACAGAGGAUUGUCCUGCUCCCGGAUCCAGUUGUUUUCUCUGAGUCGUCAGGGGUCUCGGGAAACUCAUUUACCUCCCCGGGUACGGGUGAGGUCGUUUUCAGAGACUGCUGUCUGCUACGCUGCUAAAGAUGGGACUACAAAGGACGGUGGAAGUGAUGGUGGAAAGAAAAGCAUCAGCGAGGGGAAGAGACUCUCUGGCUCUGGAGGAUCAGGCAAGGGGGGAAGCCAGCUACGCUGUCCUAAAUGUGGAGAUCCUUGCACACAUGUAGAGACCUUUGUAUCAUCAACACGAUUUGUGAAAUGUGAGAAAUGCCAUCACUUUUUCGUGGUUCUGUCUGAAACGGACUCCAAGAAGGGGCUAAACAAAGAGCCAGAAUCUGCUGCGGAGGCAGUGAAACUGGCAUUUGCACAGAAACCUCCCCCUCCUCCUAAGAAGAUUUAUGCUUACCUCGACAAGUACGUUGUUGGCCAGUCCUAUGCAAAAAAGGUGUUGGCAGUUGCAGUGUACAAUCACUAUAAACGCAUCUACAACAACAUCCCUGCUGGAAGUCGACAGCAGGUGGAGGUGGAAAAACAGCCCUCUCUAACACCGCGUGAGCUAGAGAUGAGAAGACGAGAGGAUGAGUACAGGUUCACAAAGCUGCUGCAGAUUGCAGGGAUCAGUCCUCAUGGAAAUGCUCUGGGGGCGUCCAUGCAGCAACAAGCAAGCCAGCAGGCCCCACAGGAGAGGAGGGGCGGGGAGGUCCUGGACUCCACACACACUGACAUUAAACUGGAGAAGAGCAACAUCAUACUUCUUGGUCCAACCGGCUCAGGAAAAACAUUGUUGGCUCAGACGCUGGCUCGUUGUCUGGAUGUUCCCUUUGCGAUCUGUGAUUGCACCACACUAACUCAAGCUGGAUAUGUGGGAGAAGACAUCGAGUCAGUUAUUGCCAAACUGCUGCAAGACGCCAACUACUCAGUGGAAAAAGCACAGCAAGGUAUUGUGUUUCUGGACGAGGUCGAUAAGAUUGGCAGCGUGCCUGGAAUCCAUCAACUGAGAGAUGUAGGAGGAGAGGGAGUCCAGCAGGGGUUGCUUAAACUAUUGGAGGGCACAAUCGUCAAUGUCCCUGAGAAAAACUCCAGGAAACUGAGAGGAGAAACUGUGCAGGUAGACACGACAAACAUUCUGUUUGUUGCAUCCGGUGCCUUCAACGGACUCGACAGAAUCAUCAGCAGAAGAAAGAAUGAAAAGUAUUUGGGUUUUGGAACUCCCUCCAACCUGGGGAAAGGGCGCCGUGCAGCGGCUGCCGCAGACUUGGCCAACACCAGCGGUGAGACAGACACAGUGGCAGAGAUCGAGGAGAAGGACCGGCUGCUGAAGCACGUCGAAGCCAGGGACCUGAUUGAGUUUGGAAUGAUCCCAGAGUUUGUUGGUCGUCUUCCUGUGGUUGUACCUCUGCACAGCCUGGAUGAAGAAACACUCGUCCGAAUCUUGACAGAACCACGCAACGCUGUUGUGCCCCAGUACCAGGCUCUGUUCAGCAUGGACAAAUGUGAACUCAAUGUGACUCCAGAUGCGUUGAGGGCCAUCGCCAGGAUGGCUCUGGAGAGAAAAACUGGAGCUCGUGGGCUCAGAUCUAUUAUGGAAAAGCUUCUCCUGGAGCCCAUGUUCGAGGUGCCACACUCUGACAUCAUGGCUGUUGAGCUGAACAAAGAAAUUGUCCAAGGAAAAUCACAACCCAGAUAUAUCAGAGCUCCAGCCAAGGAGUCUGCAGAAGAGGAAUACGACUCAGGCAUUGAGGAGGAGAACUGGCCUCGGCAGGCGGACGCUGCUAACAACUGAACCAUGUGUCACUCAUUUCACCUAAAGACAGUCUCUGAAUUCAUUAGAUCACUAUGAACCUCUGGAUACCAACUCUGGGUUUUACUAUAGAGUGUUUUCAUGAUGAACAAGUAAAGAGAGUGUAACAACCUUUGGUCCUGUGCAUCAGAUGUUAAUUAUCUAGUGGUGCACUCACAAGGUGGACCUUUAUAAAAUAUUUCAAUCUCUGGGGAUUGUUAACAUUUUUAUCUAUAUAAAGAUAAUGCAAUUUUAUUCAUAAAAGGAUUUGUAGCUAGUUUAUUUGUUUUCUCUUUUUGUGGUGAUGGGCAAGUAUGGCAAGGGAAGCAAAUUAUGGGAUCAUACUACACUUGAAAAGAAGUGGAGCUGAAAAGUGUCAUGUUACCAUGUCAAGUGAUGCCUUAUAUCAUAAGGGCAUAAUAUUCCAUGAGCACAUCAAUAUUUUGAUGUUUUCUUCCUUAUCACCAUUGUAAUAAUGGUGUUCACAGUAAAACUGGGGUGUAACGAGCUGAGGAAGCAUUUGUAAGCCGCUUGUAUGACAUGACCUCUAAUUAGAACACAUUGUGUAAUGCACCAGCACACUAAACAAAGCAGAUGAAAAAUAAUGGUGACCUUUUAAACAGCCAGAAUCGUUAUUUUUCAGUAUUUUGCUCCCUCUCGUAGCCCAUUCUUUAGGGAAUGUAUCUGCGUUUACUGACAGACCUCUUUAUGACAGGGCUGCUCUCUUAAAGCAGGCUUAGCAGGUAACUCUGAACUAUGAAUGAAGUAUCCUCUGAAGUUUCAUUUCUUGGUAGAUAUUAACCAACAUAAAGCACAUGAGUACUGACAUUCAAGCUUCAUUGUCCAGAUUUAUAUGCUAACCGGGUAGGAAAUCUCUUUCAACGUUGGCUGGAUGCCGCUUUAAACCUGCUCCGUCAGACGCCCCUCAGAACAGCACAGGUAUUUUUAAUUUCUUUGUGCAAGCCCCAGCGUUGGAAACACCUCACCGUUAGUGAUGUAAUAUCCUGUUACUAAAUGGUAUUUCAAUACACACAUCUGUAAUCAAGUAAAUGCUCUCUUGACUGAACUGAACCACGCUGCUGUACUCUUUACAAUGCUGUUUGUGCUAUAAAACGAGAUUAAUCUAGA